AUGAAUAUGUUGUUCGCAGCCAUGGUUGCUGUCGCAACCGUAUCCGCAGCUCCCUUCCUUUUGGACCAUGACUUGGUUAAGAACAAUGGACACCCAAAACUCGCAGUAUUUCACCACGUAGGAGCAGUUCUCGGCAACGGCGUCAACGAAAAUAAACUCAGAUUUGUCCACUUGAUGCCCAAAGUCAGCUUCCUCUGCGAGUUCGCAGACGGUCUCGCCUCUGCACAUUUCGGCGGUGCUGCAAAACAUCACACUUUCCUUAACUUGCCUGAAGGAGAACAUCUUGUUGAAGUGUUGGGUCUAUCCAACUGCCACGACUGGCACGUUGUCGUUAUGGGAGUUUGGAACGUCGCUGGAGGUUUCCUUUCUCACAAAUUGUUUGGUGGUGUUAAGGGUGAGGGCAUGAAGUUCUUCGGACUCAUGGAUGAGGUAGCAGACUUUGUAAAUCUUAAAUUGGGCACGUCCCACCUCCCACUGUUUAAAGAGCUUGUCGCCAAGGGCCUCCCUUCUCACCUCUUUACUCACAAACUCAACCAUAAACUCGCAAACCGCUUGGCCCAGUUAGCAUAA